AACAAAGACCAUAAUGUGUGGCACCGAAUCUUCUCGUCCAGUGCUCGGCGGCACAAUUGCCAUUCUGAAGUCUCUUGGCGAAUCAACAUUACCAGACUUAUCACUCCUAUUUCAUCAAGACGAAGCUUCAACCACAACAGCAACAUUUCAGUCUUCCUCUGUGCCAAAUACAGACGAUGUAGAGUUGAGCAGUUACCUCAGAGCUUCGGCGCCCACGACAUCGAUAUUACACGACUUCCCACUGUCGACGUUCACAACGCAGUCAUUCAGCUUGCCUCAUAAGCUCGAUUUGGGAGUCGGUGGUGAAGGUAUCAUUGGCAGAAGAGUCGGAUUGGUCAGACAAGCUCAGGUAUUGAGGCAAGGCAUCAUCGGAUGGAAU